AUGGGGCAGCAGCGGGGGAAGAAAGCAGCGCCGUCCAAGUCAGCCGCGGUGGAUGCGACUACAAGUGUGCUUGACCCGGCGCCGUUCUUUUCUCUAGGCUGCGCUACUUUCACCGACGCCGUCGCCAUCGCCAAGGUCGUCUCCGUCGUGCUUCCACAGCACCACUUGCGUGACCGCAGCAUCCUGCAUGCGACACUGCUGAAGAAGCUGCUCCACCGCACUUACGAGCCAUCCGCAGAGGACCUCGCUCAACAGGAGCUCUCGCAGCAGGAGGCCCACAAUGGCGGCAAGCAAGACCACAGUGCACACAGCUCACUUGAUAGUUAUGCGGCUCCGACGUCACCAUCCUCUUCGUCGACGCCUUACGUGAUUGUUCACAUCAAGUCCGCCGAGGUCCACGCUGACACGGCUCUUCAGGUGAACCCACGCGGUGAUGUGCAGGUGAACAUAAUGGUAACUCUUGUCGCAGCACGUCUCCAGCACGGGAUCUGCGCCGGUGUCUCGGAGGCGUCACCGUUCACGUCAUGCAUGCAAGUGCGGGUGCCGACAGUGGCCAUGCCUGCAGCGGUGGCAGCCAGGGGCAACGCAGAUGACGUGGCAGCAUUGCUUCUCGGGGGUGCUUCGGUGUCCGGCACCGACAAUGUGUCGCAGGAGGACAAGGAGGUGGAGCCGAGCAGCGGUGACGCAGUUGUCAGUGCCUCCACUCCAGCCGCCGCUGCUGCUGCUGCUGCUGCUGCGAAGCACAAGUGCCGCACUGGCAUCCCCGAAAAUGAGCAGCUGCGCGUGACAGCGCGGUGCCUUGAGGACGAGUCGAUCGUACCAGGACAAGCAGUCCUGCUCAUCUCUGAGCCGGCUGCCAUGCGUUGCAUCGGUAUCCGCCCACCGCGUGCGGCACCAGGCCCAUUUUUCUUCACCGAAAGGACACCGCCGUCAGCGCAGUCCUCCAGCGGGGCGGCAGCAGACGAGGCCGAGGCGACACCGAAGAGGCGAGCGCGCAAGUCGCGCGCCUCCGCCGGCGGCACAUAUGGCGCUACACCAGCGCGUCGCAUCGUGGCCAUCGAGUGCGCCAUCCCGGAGAGAGGUGGGGAGGGCGAUGCAGCGGCAGGCAUCCGUAAGGGCUCGCAUAAGCGACCACGCACUUCAUUGAAUUCAUCAUGA